AAAAUGGUGGCGUGUGACCCGCACAUGCGCAGAGAGAAACAAUUUACUAUUUCUCAGACGUAGGAAGAGACAUCAACAAGCGAGCGGUGUUGGUGCUUUGAAGUGGAUUGCUAAAUGAGUUGAAACUGUAUCGCGAGUUAUUUUCAAGUUUUUGCUUUGUAUUACAAUCUUAGAAUCUUAGAAAGGAAGAUGUUUGGUUUUCACAAACCGAAGAUGUACCGGAGUUUACACGGCUGCUGCAUCUGCAGAGCGAAGACGUCGAGCUCCCGCUUCACAGACAGCAAGCGCUACGAGACAGAAUUCCCGAGUUGCUUUGGGCUGCGUGAAGCUCGCUGUGGAGAUAUCUGCAACGCCUGUGUGCUCCUGGUGAAGCGGUGGAAGAAGCUCCCCGCGGGGUCCAAGAAGAACUGGAAUCACGUGGUGGAUGCGAGGGGCGGGUCGAGCUUCAAGGUCACGGGGAGGCCGAAGAAGAUGAAGAUGAAGAUGCUGUCCGGGAGGGUUCGGCCGAGCCAGACCCACCGCCUGCAGGACGAGCUGAAAAGACUCCACUCUGACGCUCACAGCACUACCUCCAGUGUGUCACCAGCCCAUUCUCCCAGCUGCAGUAACCAGUCGGACGACGGCUCGGACACAGAGCUCACCCCGGGCUCCAGACGCUCCCCGGUUUUCUCCUUCCUGGACCUCACCUACUGGAAGAGGCAGAAGGUGUGCUGCGGCAUCAUUUAUAAGGGCCGGUUCGGAGAGGUGCUCAUCGACCCCCUCCUCUUCAAGCCCUGCUGUCUGAACAAGCAGCGGCAGGAGCAGCAGCAGCAGCAGCAGCAGCAAGAGCGGUUGGAGGAGGAGGAGGAGGAGGAGGAGCAGCAGUUGGAGGAGGAGGAGGUGGGGGCAGAGGAGGAUGAGGAGGUGGUGGAAGAUGACCACGGGCGAGAGGGAGGAGAGGGAGGAGAGGGCGGGGAGAACCCGCGGCCCGUGGGUACAUCGUCACCUUCUUGUGCUAAAACAGCGGCAGUGGAGAUGGCGGUUUGGUGAUUUCACACAGGCAAUAGGGUAUGAAUACACACUCAAACACGCACACACACACAUACAUGCACACACACACACACACACAUACACAUGCACA